AUGAAUGAUGAUUCUGCUAGGCCUUGGUUACUUUUAGGAGACUUCAAUUUUAUUCUGCAUGCUUUGGAAAAGCAGGGAGGUAAUCCCGAUACUUCUUUGGCUCCAGCUUUCGUUAGAAAUAAACUAGUAGAAUUAAGAUUGAAUGAGGUUUUCUCCUUUGGUAAUCCUUAUACUUGGUGCAAUAGAAGAUUUAAAAAUCCUUCGGAGCUGAUUUUUGAAAAGCUAGAUAGAGGUUUUAUGAAUGAUGAUUGGGUCUCUGUUGUUCCUCAUACUCGUAUUACUAAUCUAGCUAGAGUUUAUUCGGAUCACAACCCAAUUCUUCUCAAGUGUUUUCAUAAUGAACAAACUCUAUCCAUCCCUUAUAAAUUCUUCAAGUGUUGGCAGUUAAGUCCCGAUUUCAAGAAUGUUCUUAUAAAUUCUUGGGAUAAGAAAGUCAAUGGUUCUCCUAGUUUUGUUGUAUCUGGUAAGCUUAAAAAUCUUAAAACAGAUCUUAGUAAAUGGAACAUUGAAUCCUUUGGUCACAUUAAAAACACUACCAGUAAACUGAAUGUUGAGAUUGAGAAGCUGCAAGCAAUGCCCUUUACUUCUGUUAUUGGGGAUUUCAUCUUAAACUACUCAAAAAAAUUGGAUUACUGGUAUGAGAUUGAAAAUUCCUUUUAUAAGAAAAAAUCAAGGAUUGACUAUUUUACUCAUUAUGAUAAGAAUACUCAAUUCUUUCAUAAUACAGUCAAACUCAGAAAUAUGUACAACACCAUACACACUAUUAAAGAUGAUCAGGGGGACUGGUUGGAGAACAUAGAUCAAGUUCUUAAUCACCUUUCUCAAUACUUCAAGAAAAUUUACACUUCUUCAAAACCUACUAAUAAUGUUCUGGAUGAAGCUCUAAAAGAUGUUAAACCUAUAAUCACAGAAGAUAUGAAUACUCUUUUGGUAGCUAUACCAACUGUUGAAGAAAUUCAAGCUACUGUAAAUGACAUGACCCCUUGGAAAUCCGCAGGUCCUGAUGGAUUUCCUUCUGCUUUUAUUGCUAAUAGACAAAUCCAUGAUAAUAUCACUAUUAGUCAUGAAAUUUUACACUUUUUUAAAAGAAAAAAGAAAACGGCCAAAAAUGGCUUUAUGAUUAUUAAGCUUGACCUCUCCAAAGCUUUUGAUAGGCUGGAGUGGUCUUUCAUCCUUUCUGUUUUUCAAAAACUUGGUUUCUCUGAAGAAUGGUGUCAGAUUAUUGAUCAAUGCAUUAGUACAGUGUCUUAUUCUAUUAUAGUUAAUGGAUAUCCUGGUGAAAUGUUCUUUCCUACCAGAGGAAAGGAUAAAAGGUGUGGUGGGCUUGGAAUUAGAAAUACUUAUGCUACAAAUAGAGUUUUUAUUGCUAAACUGGGUUGGCAAAUUCUUCAAAAUCCUGAUCACUUAAUUUCAAAAUUUCUAAAAGAUAAGUAUUUCAUUAAUCAAAAUUUGCUAGAAAUUGACAAAGCAUCUGAUUCUACUUCUUGGAUUUGGAAGGGUAUUGUGAAUAGUCUAUACUUCUUAAGGUCUAAUAUAGUUUUCAAAAUAAAUGAUGGUGCUUCUACAAGAAUACGGGAUUCAGUUUGGUUACCUGGUACUUCUUCUCCACCUGUGUCUCAUAAUCUAAAUUUUAAAGAUUAUACUUAUAUUAAUGAACUUAUAGAUAAUAAUUCUGGUACUUGGAAUCUUGAUCUUUUAAAUUCUCUCUUUUUGCCUGAAGAUGUUAUUAUGAUCAGAACUGUAAGGGUUAAUCUUCUUCUUAAGGAUCAGAUUAUGUGGGCUCAUACCAAAAAUGGAACUUAUACAAUUAAAACUGCUUAUAGAGUUUAUAAGAAUGAAAAUAGUAAUGGGGAAGAAGCUCUGUUUUGGAAAAAGCAUUUAAUUAACUUUGAUCUGGAUUGGACUGAGGAUUAUUUUCUUGAAUGGUUUGAUGAUAGACUAGGGCAACCUCCCUUUGUGGUUAACUGGCCAAGUAUAGCUGCUAUAGUCAUGUGGUGUAUUUGGAAGCUUAGAUGUAAAGUGGUUUUCAGUAAAGUUACUAUUAAUCUCGAUAAAGUUAUCCUUGAUGUGAAAAGAAUGAUAAAUACUUAUAUAGCUCCUCCUGUGAAGAUCCAUAAGACUAAUUUGGAAGUGAAACUUCCUAUUAAUCUGGUGGAUCAUUGUCUUUUUAUUGAUGGAUCUUUCAAAAAAUUUAAUAUGGGUGUUGGCUUGAUUCUGUGUGAUAAUGCAGGAACAAUAACUCAUUCACGCUCGGACUUUGGACUGAUUUCUGAUGUUGUGAGUGCAGAGGCGACUGCACUUUUUUUUGGCCAUCUCAUGGGCAAAGGAGAUCAAGCAAAGCAACUCUUUAAGCAGCCGAUGCCGACUCGAGAUAGAAACUUCAAGGAUUGGAAUUUCGGUGAUGGUAUACACCAGCAGAGACAAUGGAUCAAUGGGGUUCCCUGGUGCUUCUGUGGUGGUGGUUUGAAGUUCAAGGUCAAGAUAGAGAACAAGGAGAGAACUGAAAUUGGUCGACGUAAUGAAUGGCAGUGA